CUCCUUUAAAUUUGUAUGGGUUUUCUUAAAUUUGACUUCUUUAUACUUUAGCUAUCCAUGUAAUUGGCUCUUCAUAGCUGCUUCAAUAUAUUCUCAAUUAAUCAUUCAUCCCUUUGUUGCAAAACGCAUGUACUUGGGUUCUGAUAAGAACCCAUAUAGAGCUCUCAUUGUACUAGUUGCUAUAUUCUAUCCAUGGCAGCGGUCUAUCUCUUUUCCUCUGCGACUAGUCUUCCCACCCUUUGGAGCUCGCUGUCACCGCCAUUGCCUCAAACCGAAGAAGUUCUCGGUACCCUACCCGGUAGAACUCGUUUUCUGAAUAAGUGUUCAGUUUCAACAAGUUUUUCUGUACAAACUUCCUUGCCGGAGAAUAGCGAUAGAUUUAAAGUGGAAUACACUCCUUGGAUGAUUGUUGGAUUGGGUAACUCUGGAAAUAAGUACCAUGGAACUAGGCACAAUGUUGGUUUUGAAAUGAUAGAUAGUAUUUCCAAAACGCAGGGCAUUGUGAUGAAUACAAUUCAGUCAAAGGCACUGGUUGGAAUAGGUCGGUUCAUUGGAGAGGUACCAAUUUUGGUGGUGAAGCCUCAAGCUUACAUGAAUUAUAGUGGGGAAGCGGUUGGACCACUUGCAGCAUAUUAUCAAGUACCUCUACGUCAUAUAUUAUUGGUUUAUGAUGAGAUGAUCCUACCAAAUGGUGUUUCAAGAUUGCAGCCAAAAGAAGGACAUGGAAACUAGGGCUGAAUGGGUGGAGAAUGCAUGCAUCUGAGCGGGCAGCAAAGACUCGGAAAGAAUACACCCAAGAACAACUUGACAAAGUGCACAUUGAAGUGGUUGACUAUUUGC